UAUUUUUUCUUCGUUUUAUUUUUUUUGUAUUUCUUGGCCCACCUGCAUAAAUGACGUCACAGGCCACGGCGACGAGAAACGCACGCGGGAAACAGAAGUAACCCGCAACGCUUCCUUCACCUGCAAAAUCACACAGGAAGAAGGAGAAGCCCUUCACAAUAAGAGUUUGUGUAAUGCUGCCGAGGGAUGGGAGAGUCUCGACUCAUCAUGGAGGAGCUGCUAGCUCUCUGUCUCCAGCGAAUCACAAUUGAGGAAAAUGCCCUCAACACAGAGCUUGAGUUUAUUGAGGUGGUGAAAAACGUCGAGAGCGUCAGGAAGCGAUGGCUGCACGCCGAGACGGAGCUGAAGAAGUACAAGGAGCUGCUGGUCAAGUCGGACGUGGCCAAAGCCGGGCUGGAGGUCAAACUCAAGCACGCCCGCAACCAGCUGGACGUGGAGAUGAGGAAACGCUACAAGAUUGAAGGCGACUAUCAGUACCUGCAGAGGCAGAUGCAGCUCAUGUGCGACAUCCUGGUUCACGACAGCAAAUCCAGCGCGUGUUUGAACGAGGAGCAAAAAUCCCUUUUGGCCGCCUUUGAACACAAAGGUGCCAAUAAGACCUUGCACCGCAGCAGCAAACGGUUGUCCGCCAUCGACGAGUCGUCCUUCUUUUCGCACUCCGACAUCAGCUACGAUCGGACAGAUGACGACAUGGACCUGGACGCAAGUAUGCUGAAACCUCUCAGGUCCCGAGCUCGAGAGAGGAGGCGUUCGUCGAUGGGUGUGACCGUUGCUGCACCGGUAGCAAAGCGAGGGCGAAGCGGGAAUAUUUCUAUUGAGCUGCCGGAGCAAAAAACUGUGGAGAAGGAGGUGGAGACCACCGUCAAGGCAUUAGUGACGACCCCUGACACUGGAGGUCACGUUCACACGGUGGUCGGAAUCACGCAGGAGACGCCUGAAGACCUCACACAGGAAUUUGCUGUUCCUGACAGUGCCAGAGAUCAAACCUCUGUGUGGUUUCCGUGUGAUCCCGAUGAAGCUCAAGUGCGGACGGAAAAAUGUCAGAAACAUGUCUUUCUGUCUAAAACGGUGAUCCGGCCCGAGAUGUGUUUGCCUUGCGGGAAGAGGAUCCGCUUUGGCAAGGUGGCUCUCAAGUGCAGGAACUGCCGCAUCGUUUCUCAUCCUGAGUGCAAACAGAAAUGUGCGGAGACGUGCGCAUCCAGGGCGGCCGGAGCCGCAGGAAGUGCAGAGCAGAUGGCCUCACUGGAGGAUUUUGCUCCUACGACCCAUCCAAGGAUUCCCGCGCUCAUCGUUGCGUGUGUGAAGGAGAUCGAGAGGCGGGGCUUACAGGAGCGAGGCCUCUACAGAGUUCCCGGUGGCGAGCGUCAGGUCAAGGAAUUGCGCGAUCGCUUCCUGGGUGGGAAAAAAACGCAGUUACAACUGAGUAGCGUUUCGGACAUCCACGUGGUUUGCGGCUUCCUCAAAGACUUCCUGAGGAAGCAAGAACCUCUGGUCACAUUCAAACUCCACCGCAACUUCAUGGCGGCUUCGGAGAUGAGCGACGAGCAGAAGAGUUCAGCCACCGUGAUCCGGGCCGUCGCAGAGCUGCCCAAGCCCCACAGAGACACGCUGGCCUUCCUCAUGCUUCAUUUCCACAAAGUGAUGCAAAGUCCACAGUGUCAGAUGGACCAGAAUAAUCUUUCCCGGGUUUUUGGACCAACCCUGGUGGGACACGGACUGGCGGAACCGUCGCCAUCAACAAUCAUGCGCGACACCAAUACUCAGCCGAAGGUCGUUUUUCGCUUCUUGUCGCUCCCCGAAGACUACUGGAGGCGUGUGCUCAGCGUCCACGCAGUCUCCUCUUCGCAUAAAAGCAGCAACCAGGGUCAAGGACCGGGAGCUCAUUUCUUUGAUCCGCUAACGUCUCCCGAGCUGAGCAGUUACCAGGGCGUGCCCGCCAGGGCGUUCGUUCAAAGUCGCACUAAGAACGUGGGGAGCAGUGGGUGCGCCGAGCCGGGUAGGAGGUUCUUCACGUCACCCAGCUGACACAAUGUUCAUCCAGCUUAGUAACAAGUAUUAUUUCAGAAAUUUUUUGUAAGAAAUAAAAAUACAUUGAAAUGUUAAA